UUUUUGAGAGCUGUCCUUUUAAAUCAGGCCCUGAGUGGAGUUGCAGGUUUUGGUUUGGGAGGAGCUCUUGGCCUGUUUACAUCCAGUGUGAACCCUUCAAUAACUGGAGCAGAACUGAAGCAGCAAACAGCCAAAGAGGUUUUUAUGGAGAUGCGGACUGCUAUGCUGCAAUAUGCGAAGAACUUCGGCAUGAUCGGACUGAUGUUCGCUGGGGUGGAAUGCUGCAUCGAAUCGUACCGGGCCAAGGAUGACAUGAGGAACGGCACGUACGCGGGCGCCGUCACCGGAGGCCUCAUCGGUCUGCGCGCCGGCCUGAAGGCGGGCGUUCUCGGGGGUGCCGGAUUCGCGGCAUUCUCAGCCGCUAUCGAAUACUACAUGAGAAGCUGAGUGACGAUCGCUGUGAGCGAUCUGUCCGCGAUUCUACCACUAUGUGGUGUGAGUUGAAAUGUGUCAUGUUGUUCACCUAUAGUGAGUGAUUCUGGGGGUGCAGUCGCCAGACGUUCGAGAAGGUAAAUGUUGCGCUGGUGUGUUGAUUAGUAGCGCUGACUGGAGGACGAGCUGCCUUGGGUGGUGAAAAUAAAUGGCAGAAGCCUCCCACGUCA